CACAGCCAUCACAUGGCUCACAUCUGUCUUUUCUGCAAUUUUCUCUGCCAACUGAAAAGCCCCAUAAUGCAAUCAUAAUAAUAAUAUUAACAUUAUUCUUCUCUUGAUCCAAUGCUCUUCUCUUUGCCAAAGCCAUGAAACUCUUCCCUUUUGGUUUCUAAGCUUCCAAGAACCACACUUUUCCAUCCAAACAAGAUGACCCAGUUCUUGAAUCUUGCUCUUGGAGUGUUUUUUGUUCUGGGUUUGGCUGUUGUUCUUCUCAUCUUCUUGAACAGAAGGGGAAAGGGGAAGAAUGGCGAUGGAUUCAAUGACUUGGAGAGGAACCAGCAGAGUGUGAAAGGGGCGGAGGAGCGUGAAGACUUGCUGACAUUUCAAGGUGGGCAGGAGCUUACCAUUUUGGAUAUCUUGGAAGCUCCUGGGGAAGUCAUUGGCAAAGCCAACCAUGGAACUCUGUAUAAGGCUUACUUGCAAGGUAGCAGCACGGUGCGGCUGCUUAGGUUUCUGAGGCCUGUUUGCACUGCUGGGCAUGAUGAUUUUGUCAGUGAAAUUGAGUUUUUGGGUUCCAUAAGACACCCAAAUUUGGUGCCUCUUUUGGGAUUCUAUUCAGGUCCAAGAACAGAGAAGCUUCUCAUUCAUCCAUUCUACAGGCGAGGAAAUCUAGCUCAGUUCAUCAGAGAUGGGAAUGGUGACUCGCACCGAUGGGGAGUAAUAAACAAGAUCUCGGUCGGUAUAGCGAAAGGGUUGGAUCAUCUCCACACUGGCUUGCAAAAGCCAACAAUCCAUGGGAAUCUACAGUCGAAAAAUGUUCUUUUGGAUCGGAACUAUGAACCGUAUGUCUCGGAUUUCGGUUUACAUCUACUGUUGAAUUCCUCUUCUGCUCAAGAGGUACUUGAAGGUUUAGCAGCUAAUGGCUACAAAGCUCCUGAAGUGAUCAAGAUGAAGGAUGCAACAGAGGAGACUGAUGUUUAUAGUUAUGGGGUGAUCUUACUCGAGCUACUUUCGGGGAAGGAACCGGUUAACGAAAAGCCAGCUUUCGAUGAGGAUUUUUACUUGCCUAACUUUAUGAGAAAUGCAGUUCUUGGACAUAGAAUUGCAGAUCUGUUCCAUCCAGAAAUACUUCUAUAUAGCAGCAUUGAUGGAAACAAUGUUACUGAAGAAAAGAUUCUCAAAUUCUUUCAGCUUGCAAUGGCGUGUUGUUCGCCGUCUCCUGCUCUUAGGCCUAGUAUGAAGCAAGUGCUUCGAAAGCUCAAUGAAAUCGGAACGUAAUCGGGAUUGUGGAGUACGUUUAACCAUGGAAGGCGGUCGUAGGGGGGAGUUUUAGAACACAUUGGUAUCAGUAUAAGUCUUGAGAGGGUAUUGAUUCUGCUGUACAUAUGUGGAAUACUAUUGGAGCUAAGGGGCAAAGUUUUGGCAUCUAAGGGCUAAAGAAGGUGUAACAUUUUGGGAUUUUUGAAGAAAACUUUGUUAUAAGAUCCAUGAAUGAAGCUAAGUAGUUCUUUACUGAGUGUUUUACAUGAAUAGCUUUCUGGUUUUUAGAACAAAGAUUCAAUAAAACAUAGCUUUCUGACA